UCCGGGGUUUGGGCCGCUGACCUCGGCGGAAAGCACAGACGUGCGGCUCCUGCCCCGGCUGCGACUGGGGUGCUUCCCUCGGGGCAGGUUGCAGCGCAGAAGGGCUGCAUGCGGGGCCCCGCCCGCUCUCCGGCCCGGGGCGCUCUGGGGAUCUGCAGUAGCAGCCAGUGACGUGGGAGUGUGUGUGCACCUGGAUUGGUCUCAUACGUCGUGAACAGUGAGUGUGUGGGGUGCAUGUAGUGUGUGUUAGAGGACGGAAGAGAAGGGGUGAGACUGCUCCGUUCUGCGCCUCGAGGUCAGCCUCACUCAGCCAGCGGCUCUGCGGCCCGGCUGGCCCCUCUGGCGCGGAGCCCCGACAUGAAGGCCCCCCGGAAAGUGCUGCUGGCGGCCCCUCUGCUGCUUCUCCUGCCCGUUCACACCUCGGCCUCUGCGGCCCACGAUGACCAGCCCGGCGCCAGGCCCUCCCGCGGGCACACCUGUGUGGGCUGUGUGCUGGUGGUGUCUGUGAUCGAACAGCUGGCUCAAGUCCACAACUCCACGGUCCAGGCCUCCAUGGAGAGACUGUGCAGCUACCUGCCAGAAAAACUGUUCUUAAAAGCCACCUGCUACCUAGUGGUUCGCACGUUUGGACCAGAUAUCAUAAAACUGCUCAGUGCUGAUAUGAAUGCUGAUGUGGUGUGUCACACACUGGAGUUCUGUCACCAGGGCCCGGGCCAGGCGCCGUGUCACCUCUACCCACUGCCCAAGGAGGCGUGGAAAUCUACCCUGGAGAAGGCAAGACAGAUCGUCCAGAAACCCCCAACUCUGAAAUAUUCCAGAGGUGGUUCUGAUAUUUGUUCCCUCCCAUUUCUGGCUAAGAUCUGUCAGGAGAUUAAGCGAACUAUAAAGAACUCGGUGCCGUUCAGGGAUGUCGAUUCAGACAAUUACAGUGUUUCUCCCACACUGCGUGGCUACCACUGGCGAGGGCGAGACUGCAAUGACAGCGACGAGAUGGCCUACCCCGGCAGAAGGCCGGACCGCUGGGAUGUGCAUCGGGACUCCAACUGCAACGGCAUCUGGGGUGUUGAUCCAAAAGACGGAAUCCCCUAUGAGAAGAAGUUCUGUGAAGGGUCAGAGCCCAGGGGAAUCGUUCUGCUGGGAGACUCGGCCGGGGCUCAUUUCCACAUCCCUCCGGAAUGGAUCACGGCUUCGCAGAUGUCCUUGAAAUCCUUCUUCAAUUUACCAACAGCACUUACCGAUGAGCUUGACUGGCCCCAACUCUCUGGUGCUACUGGAUUUCUGAACGCCACUAGCGGAAUUAAAGAAAACUCUAUCUACCUUCAUCUACGGAAAAGAAACCGCUGCAAUCACCGGGACUACCAGAAUAUUUCAAAAAACGGCGCAUCUUCCCAAAACCUGGAGACAUUCCUAGAAAGUUUGUCUAGGAACCCACUGUUGGACCACCCAGCCAUCGUCAUAUACGCCAUGGUUGGAAACGACGUCUGCAACGGGAGGAGUGACCCGGUCCCCAAAAUGACCACUCCUGAGCAAUUCUAUUCCAAGGUCAUGGAGACCCUGAGAUACCUGAACGCCCACCUGCCGAAUGGCAGCCACGUGAUCUUGUACGGCUUACCAGACGGGACCUUUCUCUGGGAUAAUCUGCACAACAGAUACCAUCCUCUCGGCCAGCUGAACGGGGACGUGACCUACGGGCAGUUGUACGCCUUCCUGAGCUGCCUUCAGGUCAGCCCCUGCCACAGCUGGAUGACGGCCAACGAGACCCUCCGGACGCUCACCUCGCAGAGAGCAGCACAACUCUCCAGUACACUGAAGAAGAUUGCCACCAGCCAGAAAUUUACCAACUUCCAUCUUUACUACGUGGAUUUUGACUUCCAAGAAAUCGUGAAGAAGUGGCAGAAGAGAGGCGGGCAGCCCUGGCAGCUCCUCGAACCCGUCGAUGGAUUCCACCCCAAUGAGGUGGCGUCGCUGCUGCUGGCAGAUGGCUUGUGGGACAAGGUGCGGCUGCAAUGGCCCCAGGUCCUGGGGAAGGAGAAUCCGUUCAACGCCCAGAUUGAACAGGUGUUUGGAGACCAAGGGGGACACUGAGUCCCCCAGGGACAUGGGCUCCCGGGGAGCUUAGGGAAACGGAAACUUGGGUAAACUCAUCCAGCGCGUAGUUCCAGGGCUGCUAUGUCACAGCCUCACAGGCCUCUCCCUACAGCCCCUUUGCAGUGCUUUUCUCUCCUCUAGGAGCACAUCUGAAUGACAGUGUGACUCUCUGAGCUUCUGGGUUCAGUUCUCCGCCCACUGACCCUCGUACAAUCCUAUAUAAUAAAACCCUAAUAUGCAAAUCAACUGAAUGGUGAAUGACCCAUCGCUAUGAUGCACACUGACCACCAGGGGGCAAAUGUUUAAUGCAGUAGGAGCACCACUCAGCCAGAAGCCAGGCUCACGGCGAGCCGGUGGUGGCAGGAACCUCUCCCACCUUUGCAUCAGCGCUAAGGAUGUCCGACUGAUGGCUUAGGUCAGACAUCCCCCAAGGGCUCCUGGACUGCAGGAGGGCACAGGCUGAGCCGAGGGAAACCCCCCCCUCCCCGAGUGCACGAAUUUCAUGCACUGGGCCUCUAGUCUUUAAUAAAGAGCUUUGGGCCCCGCCAAUGUGGCCUGUGAACCAGGAGUCACAGUUCAAUUCCCUGUCAGGGCACAUGCCAGGGUUGUAGGCUCCAUCCCCAGUGAGGGGCGUGCAGGAGGCAGCUGAUGGCUAAGUUUCCCUCUCACAGAUGUUUCUAUUUCUCUAUCCCUGUCCC